AAACUCAUCCUUUAACACCUUCACUACUUCAUGGCUGCGCUCACUCCAAGCAAACUGUGAACAAUGGCUUCGCUGAAUUUAGCUUCAAUCUUUAGCUAUAGUUACAGGGGUUUUAGCGCACCAGUCACCCUCCUGCGCACGCUAGCAUCCACCAGGGCUUAUUCUCUCAACAAGAAGGCUUUGGUUUGGUGUUCUCUGAGUAAAAGGAAGUUCAGCUGUGAAUCAUUGAAGCAAGAUAUUGCUAGCACAACUGCCACUUCUUCUGUUAAUGGUUACCCGGAAUAUACCCGCUUGCUUCCGUGCCCCUCUCACAAUAGCCCACCAAGAAUUGAACACUUGGUUGUUUCAGAAGAAGGUCCUGUUCUAGACUAUAUCUGUAAAGCUCUGGACCUUCCUCCUCUGUUUGUUGCAGAUCUUAUCCAUUUUGGAGCUGUACAUUAUGCUCUUGUAUGCCCACAGCCACCUCCAACAGCAACUCCUGAGCAGAUUAGGGUAUUUGAAGAAGUUACAGCACCAUCAGUUCUAAAGAAGAGAGCUUCUAUCAAAGGGAAAACAGUACGAGAAGCACAGAAAACUUUCCGGAUAACCCAUGUUGAUCAGUUUCUUGAAGCUGGAAUGUAUUUGCGUGUUCAUGUACACCCAAAACGCUUCCCUAGGUGCUAUGACAUUGAUUGGAAAUCAAGAAUUAUACAUGUGACUGAAUCUUUUGUUGUUUUGGACAAACCUGCUGGUACAUCGGUUGGAGGAACUACAGACAACAUAGAAGAAAGUUGUGCCACCUUCGCGACUCGUGCAUUGGGAUUGACAGCCCCAUUAAGGACUACCCAUCAGAUUGAUAACUGCACAGAAGGCUGUGUUGUGUUAGCCAGGAGCAAGGAGGACUGCUCAGUUUUCCACGGAAAAAUCAGAGAGAAAACGGUGAAGAAGCUUUAUAUUGCACUUGCUGCAUCUCCUGUGCCCAUUGGUGUAGUUAACCACUACAUGCGUCCUAUUAAUAUGGCUCCGAGACUUGUUUCAGAAGAAUUUAUAAAAGGUUGGCAUUUAUGUCAACUUGAGGUCAUGGAAUGCAAGAGAGUUCCUUGGCCAGAUGCUGUUGUGGAAGAGAAAUAUUGUGUUCAAGACUGUGGGUGGCCCUCAAAGGAUCAUGCAUAUGAGUGUAAAAUCAACCUUUUGACUGGCCGUACACAUCAGAUACGAGCUCAACUGGCUGCCGUCGGUGCACCUCUGGUGGGUGACUCAAUGUACAUGCCAGCUGCAGUUGCAGAAAUGGUCAGUCCGGGUUGUAAUCCAUUUGGAAAAUACAAAAAGCAAUACACUAGUGAGGAUGAUAAAGCAAUAGCUGUUGAAGAGUGGGUUUUAUGUCACGGCAAGGAACCAAACGUUGCUAUUGGUCUUCAGGCAUGCCAGAUUUCAUGGGACGAUGGCAAGCACAUUUACAAUGCUGGAUCUCCCUGGUGGAGAUGCUGAAUGGCUUAAAUAGGUACUGGAUGAUUGGGAUCAAUUACCAAGCUGAGUGUUCUUCUUCAGCUGAAGUUUGAGGUCCAUCUAGCAUCACUCUUUGAUCUAAGGUAUCCUAUGGUCAGAGGGUGAGAAUCAAUUUAAGAACCGUAAACUGUAGGCCUUGUGACAUGUUGUAAAGCAAAGGCAAAUAAAAUUCUGAAGGGAAGAUAUAACGUGGCUAGUGUUAUAUGGUUAGAUAUCCUUGGUGAACCUUUCUAAUCUUUUAUACCAAGUCCCUUUCAUGGCAUUAUGCAUAGAUUGUUACCAGGAGAUAUUUUCUUUUGAUAUGAUGUUAGUAUGGCACGCUAAUUCUUUUUGUUUCAAUACAUCUCAUUGUUUUCCAUCCUUUAUUUA